ACAACACAACACCAAAAUGCCCGACCCCCCCACAACACCAACCACAAACGCAACCACAACCAUAACCCCCGCACCCGCACCCGCACCCGCACCCGCAACCACAACCACACCCCCCAAUCCUCUCCCCAGCACCAGCACCAGCACCCCCGAGCACCCCGAGCACCCCCCAACCACCCAGCCCUCAGCCUCAACCACAUCCCCCCCCACAAACACAGCAACCGAAGCCCGCACAGCCUUCACCGCCACCCUGCGGAGCACCGCGCAAGCGCACGAGACGCACCUGCGCGAGCGCGCGCGGACCCUGCACGACAACGCCGCCGCCCUCGAGCGCCAGGAGCACGCGGUCGCGGGAUCGACGGCGGCGCUGGCGAAGCAGAACGCCCAGCUGGCCAAGACGGCGGACGCGGCGCGCGACGCGUUGAAAGAGAUCGGGGACGUGCAGAACUGGGCGGAGAUGAUUGAGCGCGAGUUGUUGGUGGUGGAGGAGACGUUGCGGUUGGUUGAGCAUCGUGCGGGGGGUGGGGAUGGGGAUGGGGAUGGACAGGAUUCUGGGGGGGAGGGGGUUGAUUUUGGUGAUGAGGGGGAUGCUGGGCUUGUGAAUGGGGUUGGGGCUGGGAAGAUGAAGGGGAAUGGGAAUGGGAAGGUGAGGAGAGAUGAGCGGGACGGAGGUCGGGAGGAGGAGGGUGGUGAUGACGACGAUGCCGAUAACGAGAAUCUUGGGAAGGGGAGGGGUGGGUGGUUUCGGUGGUGGUGA